GGAUCCUUCCUAUCCUACCGUCUAGAUGCGCUGAUUCACAAACGACUCAUCCCACCCGCGAGUCAGAGAGCCAUUCUGGAGGCUUAACGCUACCUUCUAGCUCCAGCGGACGGUCGGAGAGUACCUUUCCGCCAUAAAAAGGGAUCUCGGCCUUUCACCUCUCCGCCGCUCAGGUAUUUCUUGGAAGAUCCUGCUUCCCGAUGUCAGAAUCAGGGCACAGCCAACCUGGGCUGUACGAACGCCGCCGCCGCUGGAACCGCGAUAAAGAACUGGGUCACCAGAGCCUGUCUGGGCCAGGCCGGGACCGGGACUAUGUCCCCUGGGACCGAGAUCGAGAUCGGCGGGACCCUGCGGACGAACCGGUGGGAUCAGUGAUGCAGAAGACCCCUAUCAUCCUGGCCAAGCCACCUGCAGAGAGGUCCAAAGGGGCCCCGCCCCCCACUCCCGCUCCUGCACCUGCCGCUGCCCCAGCCAUCGAGAAGCCCAUCGUGUUGAUGAAAUCAUGGGAGGAAGGCAAAGGCCCCUCAGGGGCAACAGAGACAUCUGCCCAGCCCCCUGCCACUGUCGCCAAGGUAGAGAAGGAGGGCCAGCGCCCCACGCAGCCAGUCUAUCAGAUCCAGAACCGGGGUAUGGGCUCUACCGCCCCCAGUGGCGUUAUGGACCCUGUGGUUGGUCAGGCCAAGCUGCUAGCCCCAGAGAAGAUGAAGCACAGCAUCAAACUAGUGGACGACCAAAUGAAUUGGUGCGACAGUGCUAUCGAGUACCUCCUGGACCAAACAGAUGUGUUGGUGGUCGGAGUGCUGGGCUUGCAGGGUACCGGCAAGUCCAUGGUGAUGUCACUGUUAUCGGCCAAUCAACCUGAAGAGGACCACAGGACUUUUGUGUUCCGCACUCAGAGCCAAGAGAUCAAGGAGCGCGGGGGAAACCAGACUAGUGGCAUUGACUUCUUCAUCACUCAAGAGCGGAUUAUCUUCCUGGACACUCAGCCGAUCCUCAGCCCCUCCAUCCUCGACCAUCUCAUUAACAACGACCGCAAGCUGCCUCCUGAGUAUAACCUACCCCACACCUACGUUGAGAUGCAGUCUCUCCAGAUUGCCGCUUUCCUGUUCACCGUCUGCCACGUGGUCAUCGUGGUGCAGGACUGGUUCACGGAUCUGAGCUUGUACAGGUUCUUGCAGACUGCUGAAAUGGUGAAACCUUCCACUCCAUCCCCCAGCCAUGAAUCCAGCAGUUCCUCUGGCUCAGAUGAGGGCACAGAGUACUACCCCCACAUCGUCUUCCUCCAGAACAAAGCCAAGAGGGAGAACUUCUGCCCCCGCAACCUGAAGCAGAUGCACCUGGUGGUUGACAAAAUCAUGAUGCAUUCACAUCUGAAAUACAAGGGCACCCUCUCCAUGCUGGACUGCAACAUAUUUCCUGGCCUGCCCCCGAGUUACCUGGACUCAGAGGUCAACCUGUUCUUGCUGCCCUUCAUGGAUACAGAUGCGGACGACACGCUGCCCAGAACGGCUCCUGGAAGCGGCCCGCUCUUCUCCCUCUUGCCUGGCUACAAGGGGCACCCCAGUUUCCAGUUUCUGGUUGCCAAGCUCCGCAGCCAGAUUAUGUCCAUGUCCCGACCUCAGCUGUCCCACACCAUCCUGACGGAAAAGAACUGGUUCCACUAUGCGGCACGCAUCUGGGAUGGCGUGAAGAAGUCCUCUGCUCUUUCGGAGUACAGCCGCCUGCUGGCGUGAACAUGUGCUGCCUUCAUGAUGGAGCCACCGAGGGGUGGCCAGUUGGGCGAGCCGAAGUCCUGGUGCCUGCUGUCCGAGGGCACAAAGCCAUGUGCAGAUCCCAGCAGAAAGCUCUAGAGGCUGGGGGCAUCGUGCCUACUGUGGGGCCACGCAAGAUCAAGGAGCAACCACCAGAAGUAGAAGAAGUGGUGUCAUCUAUCGGUCCCUCAUCCUGUCUACCACCCAGCAUGGAUCUUGUCUCCAGUUGCCAUUUUGGGGCUCUGAUUUCCAUCUGCACACCUAGAGGAAAGAGCAGUUCUCUUGUGCAGCCAGGGUAGGGGCUCUAUCCAAACCUACUGCCUCCACCCUUGCAUGCCAAAAGAUGCUCCCCUGUGGUGGGCGCAGGGCCAAGGCCAGCAGCGAGCUAACUUUGUGGCUCUGAGGAUGCUGUUCUCAGAUUGUCUCCAUCGGUACUUUUCUUGCAUCCUUCCACUUCAAGGAAGUGGAAUCCUUUCUUGCAUCCUUCUGCUUCCCCUAGCCCCCCUCUCUACUUGCUACAGACGGUGUCCCUUUUCCUGAGCCAUCCCAGGAUGCCUAGUCCCUUUGCUACGAAGUGACUCAGUCACUCCUUUGUGUGCAAACGUUCCGUUGUUUAAUAAAGUAUUUGAGCUGC